AAGAUACAUUUACUGGAGAAGCAACUUUUAUUUUAACUUUUUACUUAACACUUAUUUUAUGAAAAAUUUAUAAAAAUGAUUCCAUUGGCAGAGAUCUGUUCGUGUUUUAAGCACAAACUCACUUCAUUUUGAUCAGUUUUUCAUUAAACAAGUCUUGAUAUCUUCAGUCGUUUCUCUUCUCCAGUAAAUGUAUCUUGAUUUAAGAAUGUUUAGAUAUUUGUGCUGAAAACAAGACAGAAACACUGAGGAAGAUCAUAAUAUUGUUUUUUGUUUUGUUUUUUGCAGUACAGUCAUUUUAGUCACCUAAAGAUAGAAAUUUCUUAUUCAUGUGUUUUUUUUGUUUACAUUUUUCCUCCAAGAAUCCUAAAACAUCCCAGAAUUUCACUGUAGACUUUUGGAUCUAUUGGUCUGUUUUGUGAACUGUAGUUUUGUAAACUUGUUCAUUCACUGUGUGUGUGUGUGUGUGUGUGUGUGUGUGUGUGUGAGUGUGAGUGUGUGUGUGUGUGUGUGAGUGUGAGUGUGUGUGUGUGUGUGUGUGUGUGUGUGUGUGUGUGAGAGAGAGCUCUGAAUGGAGAUCAGGACCAGUAUGAAGUGAAUUACAGUAAUGAGGCUCAUGUGAGAGACAGACGGAGCAGAGUUACAGACAGACGCAUGAGUGAUACUGAGGAUUAUGCAGGUUUAGAUUUGUGUGUGUGGGUGUGUUGAAGAUCAUCUGAACGACAGCGAGAACUUGAGCAGUUGAGUUUGGAGAAUCAGUGAAGCUGCUGAACCCGUCUCAGAUGUACAGCUCUGAUCUGAGAGCGCAGCGGACGCUGUAACAUGAGUUUGGUGCUGCUUUUGUUGGACUUCGUCCUGAAAGUGGUCUGAUUCUGGGAGAUGGAGGAAAAGACCAAAGAGGAGGAAGAGUCGCAUACAGACAGCAGUGAAGUCAAAGCCCCACCUAAACAGCGUCUGACAGCGUGUUUGAUCAGUGCCGCGUUCUUCGGAUCCGUAGGAUCGUCCUUCCUGUAUGGAUAUAACCUGUCUGUGGUCAACGCUCCGACCACUUACAUAAAGACCUUCUAUAAUAAGACGUGGAUCGAUCGCUAUAAUGAGCCCAUUGGAGGGGAGACGGUCACUCUGCUGUGGUCCAUCACUGUGUCCAUCUUUGCCAUCGGUGGUCUGGUGGGGGCGCUGACGGUCUCGUUCCUCAUCAAAGCCUUGGGCAGGAAAGGAACUCUUCUGGCCAAUAAUGCUCUGGCUCUGAUCGCUGCGCUCCUAUUGGCUCUGGGAGAGACGGCCGGAUCCUUUGAGAUGCUCAUCAUUGGUCGGUUUAUCAUCGGCAUGGAUUCAGGUGUGUCUCUCAGCGUGCUGCCCAUGUAUCUGGGUGAGAUCUCUCCUCGGCAGAUCCGCGGCUCCAUCGGUCAGUUUCACGCCAUCUUCAUCUGUCUGGGUGUUUUCAUCGGGCAGGUGCUCGGACUGCCUGAGAUAUUCGGACAGGAAAGCAGAUGGAACUUCCUGUUUGCUUUCUUGGCAUUUCCUGCCCUGCUGCAGCUGUGUGUUCUGCCGUUUCUACCCGAGAGUCCGAGAUUUCUACUGAUGGAACGCCGGGAUGAGGUGGGAGCAGAAAAAGCGUUCCAGGCGUUCCUGGGCCGUGCAGACGUGAGCCGCGAGCUGGACGAGGUUCACGCUGAGAGUCGCGCUCAGAACACGCAGCGGACGGCGUCUGUGAUGGAGUUGUUCCGGAAGCGUUCGCUCCGCUGGCAGCUGAUCACUGUGAUCGUGGUCAUGAGCUGCUAUCAGCUCUGCGGACUAAACGCCAUCUGGUAUUACACCAACGGGAUCUUCGAGGAGGCCGGAUUCGAGAAGGCGCUGAUUCCCUACAUCACGCUCAGCACGGGCGGCAUCGAGACGCUGGCCGCCAUCAUAUCGGGUUUAGUGAUUGAGAAAAUCGGUCGGCGGCCGUUACUGAUCUUUGGAUUUUCAGCGAUGGCUGUUUUCUUCAGUCUGCUCACGGUCUUCCUGCAUUUUCAGGACAGGUUCUCAUGGAUGCCGUAUCUCAGCUUCACCUCCAUUCUGCUUCUGAUUGCUUCCUUCUGCUCCGGUCCAGGUGGCGUCCCGUUCGUGUUGACGGGGGAGCUGUUUGAGCAGUCGUAUCGUCCGGCGGCGUUCAUGAUCGCCGGCACCGUCAACUGGCUCUCGAACUUCGCUGUGGGACUCCUGUUCCCCUUCAUACAGGCGGCGCUGCAGACGUUUGCCUUCCUGCUGUUCGUGGUGGUUUGUGUCACCGGAGCCGUUUACCUGUUCGUCGUUCUGCCGGAGACCAAAAACAAGACCUUUGUGGAGAUCAGCCAGAGUUUCUCCAAGAUCAACAGAGUCGCGGAUCAGACUGACGAGCGAGAGAUGCAGGACGUGCUGGACGCCAACGGACUCAAGUCUGACGUGGAGAUGGAGAGCUCCUUCUAACACACCCUGGACAUGAUGUCAUUUCCUUUCUGAAAUGAUGUUCAGCUCGUUUUUAUGAUUGAAGAGCGUGUUGUUUUUUAACCUCAGUCGUUUUGAAUCGGAUGUUUGACGUUUUACACGUUUCCUGUGUGUGUGUGUGUGUGUGUGUGUGUGUGUGUGUGUGUGUGUGUGUGUUUCUCAUGUUCCUGUACGACAGUAAAGCCCACAGACAUGAAGAUCCAGAUCCAGUGAGUUUGAGAUUCUAGAGCAGCUGCCUCAAGACAAACCUCAAUUUUAACUUAAUUUCUGCAUUCAUAAUGCUUGAUUGAAAUUAUAAAAAAAUAUUUACAUAAUACAUAUUAUAUAUGUUUUAAAAAAUAAAAGUCCAUUAGACUCGAUUUAAAGUGCUGUUUCUGUGGAAGUCCGUUUCCGCCACAUAAGAAACAAAUCAUGUUAUAUUUUUGUAAAUCAUAAUUAUGAUGUAAAAAUUCAGAAUUAUGAUAUACUAAGUUAUAUUUAUGAGAUGAAAGUGAAACAAUCACUGAAACUUAGUAAAAGUGUUUAUUCCAGCAAA